CGCAAAAUCAUGCGAUUUAAUUAUAUAUCAACAAAUAACCAGUAUUAAAUUCCAACAAAACUUAUCAUCAAAAUAAUGUAGAUAAUUCCCGUUCUUGGUAAAAAAUUGUUUAUAAAUGUUGAGAUGUUAUUCCAAAAAUUACAGAGAAUAGCUGAUAAGUAUAAUAAUAUUUAUUUCAUGAACUUGUAUAAAUUUUGUGAAAUAGACUGUUAACUGAUAGUCUCUUCUUAUUUUCAAAAUGCUGCAAGUGAAAUGUUUUGUUUUGUUUUGUGCGCUGUUCUUGUAUACAACUUGUGAAGGAGGGGUAUUCAAGGAAUAUGACUCAAAUCAAAGUCGUGAUGAAAAAAGUAAUUAUUACUUAAGUACGGAAAAAGUAAGCUAUUAUGAUGCUGUACAAAUGUGCCAUGAAAAGGAUAUGCAAUUGGUUAGCAUCGAGACGUACGACAAGAACAAAAAAAUAUUUAAAUUCUUAAAUGGUAGCAUUAACGAAUCAUUCUGGUCAUCUGGACUGAGGUUCUCUGAAUCAGGAAGAUUAGGAUGGCUAAAAGGAGAAUGUUUUGAUUACGACAAUUUAAAAAGUAGUUCUUAUUCAAAUCGUUGCAUAGAAGUUAGUAAAACAUUAAAUGAACUAGUUUGGAACAUGCAAAAUUGUGAUCAAGCACUUCGUUUUAUAUGUGAAAAAUUAAAGAAAGAAGUGACUAAUCCAAAAUGUGAAGAUUACAGUGAAGAUUUGGUACAUGGAAAUACACUACAAAAUAAAAAAUAUUAUAUUGGUAGAGAAACUAUUACCAAUUCUAAAGCUCUCCAGGUGUGCCGAUCCAUGUGUAUGAGAUUGGUUAGUAUAGAAAGCAAUGAAAAAAAUCAGGAUUUAUAUGAAGCUAUUGUCGCAGAUAUAUCUAUUUGGUUUUUCGAUUUGGAGCCGCACUUGAACCUGUGUCCGGUAGUAAUCACGACUUGGAGACGAAGUUCAAAGUAGGUCUGCUUGGAGCCGAAGCCAAUUCUUAAAGCCACUAUAUUAUUAAAAAAUAAAAAUGGUCUAAAUAACUUUUAAUAACAUAUAUAGCAAAACUUACAAUUUCUUCUAAUUGCAGCUGUGACUCUUGCUUAUUUCAAUUUAUUUUAGGAUUCUUAACUUCUUUUGCAUUAUUCACAACUUGCCUUUUUAUUUUUUCUAUUUCCACUAUUUUUCUCCACCUUCUUUACUUUCUUCUAUACGAAAGACAUUAUUUUCUUCUCAACUAAAGACAUUUAAUUUGCCUUAUUUAUCAAUAAAUAAUUUUUUUUAAUUUCUAUAAAACUUUUGUACAAAAGAACGAUAAAACAGAAAGAAGUUCUGCUGAAAAUCAUAAAAUUUAUUCUGGUAAAGCCAGACCGAUUAGUCAACCAGUUAAAAGAUUACUAAAAGCAAAGAGAAUGGAAUGUGGAAGGUUUGUUUCUGAAAUAAAGAAAUGUAGGGCGAUAGAAUCUUCUACCACCCCAUUGGUCUCUCCGGUAAUCCUGGUCAAGAAAAAACAUGAAGGUUUUGUUUAGACUACCGUCAUUUGAACAAUGUGACCAAGAAUGACUGUUAAUUUCUGCUUUGAAUUGAUGAUACCUUGGACACAUUGG